CGGGCAUACACACCCUUAAUAUAUUGUGUUUAACACACUAGUGCUUAUAUCCAUAGUGUAUAUACCAUCUACUACUAUUCAUCCUUUCUACUGGGGUACAUCAAUCAAUAUAUAUCACAGAGCUGCCAACUACAGCAUCCUUCCGAUCUCAAAGCUGCCACCAUGCCUGUGACAUUCCCCAGAAGAACACCGUCUUGGAAGAGCCUUGCUACUUCAAGAAUGGGAACCCUGAUGACCCUUUUCUGCAUCAUGUGUCUUGCAGCCGGGACCCCAGUGCAGAAGGAAGCCGGGACAUCGCAUCGCCAACAAUCAGCAGAAUCAGCACCAAGAUCUUCUGAGAGACCGGCUGCACAUUUUCAAGCUGAUCCACAUGAUCCCAAUCUAAACCUUCUGACAUGGGCGCCUGGCGUAGAUAACUCCUUUACCCAAGGAGAAUUGACCCUCAGGAACAACCAACUGCACAUCGAGCAGAAAGGCCUGUACUUUAUAUACACCCAGGCCACCUUCGGAGGGACACAGUGUCCCCAGGACAACAAUCUUGUCUCCCUUAGUGUCAUUCUGGAGUCCGUCGAGCAUGGACAAGGACUGCAGAUUCUUCGAGCAGAUAAAACACCUUGUGAACUGCCCGGAGUCAUCUCGGCCAAUAAAGGGACCCGGGCCGGGUGGAACAAGUCCAUAUUUCAAGGAGGUGCAUUUAAGCUUGAAAGGGGGGAUAAAGUGUAUGUGCUGACAGUUGGAACAAAAUAUAUUAAGAGGGAAAAUGGGGCAACCUACUUUGGUGCUUAUGCCUUGUAAGACCAAGACCAACAUCCAUAUGUCUUACUAAUUCGAUUCGUCACGAACUUCUCGGCUCGG